CCUUAUGACAUGGAAGUUUUCAGUGUUUAGACAUCAGGCAAGCCACGCCAGUACUGUUGUGUUGUGUUUAGUCUUGACUAUAAAUAUCUUGACCAUUGCUUAUUUCACGUGUUUAUGAGCCCAACAUUAAAAAGAAACUUUUUACUUUGUCGGAUAUAUUUCUAGGCCUAUUAAAAAAAAAAAAUUUAAAAAAUUUUUUUUUUCUCUCUAAUCGUUUUUUUUCCUUUAAGAAAGUAAGAUCUAGUAUUGAAUUGAAAUCAAAUUUAAUAUUUCUGUUUUGGGCCUAGGAACAUUCAGAAAUGACUCGUGAAUGCAGACGUUUUGGCCUAUGCCUACUUUUAGUAUGUUAUACUUUUGUUAUGUUGUCUUGUGUUGGACAUGUUCAGAGCAAGCCCAAUGAGAAUGCAGAGGGCGUCGUCAACAUGGAGGUACAACAGGACCAAUCCACUGGUCAAGUGUCGAACACAACAGAGAGCCUGACAGAAGAAGAGAGGCUUGCCAAGGUUACUCAGGAAAAUGCUAGGAAGCUGCAGGAAGUGGACUGGGGUCAAGCAGACGGGGACAAUGGUUGGGAAGAAAGGAGGAAACUUCAAGUGCCAGUCUCGAAUGACCCACAAAGAGACACUGGUGUGGUUGAUCCCGAACACGUGCUACAUGAAGACGGCGCCGAUGACCACCACGGUGAUGCCCACGCUGAGGUGAAGACAGACCCAGCUCAAGCCAUGGAGGCUGUCCUGAAGGACGGCGAAGUCAAAGAGCAGGCAGAGCAAGAGACCCUAGACAGCCUCCGGCCGGGGGUGCUGACAAAUGUCCACGACGGGCCGUCUAGGACGGCAGCGGAGAUCAUGAAGACUCAGCAGUUCGGCAUCAUGGACAUAGAGGAAGUGAUGCACGAGGGACACCACGUCCACGGAGAUGACCAGCACGGGAGUGGACCAGUGCAAGGGGGAGAUGUGGAGAAAAUUGUCCACGGCGAAGAAGGCGUCCAUGAUGACCACGAUGGACAUGAUACAAAGAACAAAAGUCUUUCAACGCUCGAUCCUGCCAAACUGAUGCACGGACAGGACGCAGAGCAUGAAUGUGAUGGGAAACCCUGCUUCGUUGAUCAUGAAAAUCCUGGAGGAAUGCCACCGCAAGAUCCACUACUUCAACAGGGACAGAACAAGGGCAGUAAUCAAAAGGAGCACAUAGAAAAGAAGCCUUUUGGCACAGAUCCUGAAAAAGAUGCUCACGGAGAAGACCACGCCCACGAGCAUGACGACGAUCCUAAUUACAAGACUAAAAAUAAAGUCACUUACAAGGAUAUCAUUGACUUAGGGCUGAGUGAAGAGCAACUAAAGGGAGUUGACCUGACAAAACUAUUAGAACAGGAGCAACAAGAGUUUGAAAACUGGCAGAGGGAUUCAAUGGCUGGUGAAAAUUCUAACUACUGGCAAGAGCAGGUUAAAGAUCUCCGCAAAGAGUACUUAGAUAAAAUCUAUGCAAAGAUAAAGCAUAUAUCCCAACCAGAUGAAGAGAAUCAGGAGUGGGAGGUCACAGAGGAUGACAUUGUCCAUGGAACUGAGAGCAAGGUGGAGCAUGAGAUGGAAAUGUGGGGAAGGACUGAACCCAAAGCCCACAGAAAACCUUAUGAAGCCAUCCAUGGAAGAAGGGGAGAGAAUGAGGAACAGGAGGAACAGCCAAAUGAAAAUCAGUCGGAGCAAACGUCAGAGCAGACGUCAGAAGAGUAGUAUUAAAUUUAUUGCAUGUGCCAUCAGUUCAUUAAGUAAUGUUCAAUUUUUAAAAAAUAAAACAUUUAUAACAUCAUAUAUUUGUAUAUAUCUUUAAAAUUUGACUUUGGCAUGGUAUGUGACAAUAAAGUUCUAGGUUGGAUUUUCCUAGGAUCGUGUAUAUAUAAAUCUUUCCAAAUUAAAGAUUAUCAUAUUGAAACUUUAUGAUUAGUUAUUUCUUCUGAAAGCCUUCUUUUUGCUGUUAGGCUGUGGGCUGUUUAGUCAUCUUAUUCAAAAAAAACAACAACCCAGUAGCGUAUUGCUUCCUCUCAGCUACUCUGCACUGCCAUACUGAUGGCUCUAUUGGGUUAUGUUAUGGAUGUAAUAAGAUUUGUCAGUAAUGGAAUAAGUUGGGACAGUGUAAGAAAACGCAGAUACAAACAUAAAUAAGACGAUGAAAACUCUUAUAUAAUAAGUUACAGAUACUCUUUUAAAGAAGAAAAUUAUCUGUAUAAAUUUUAUGUUGAGAGGGAGUGAAUGAGAAAACUGUAUUAAAUGUAAAACUGUAAUAUGCUACUGUUUUUUUCUAAUUGUUUGAAUAUUAUAUAUAUAUAUAUAUAUAUAUAUAUAUAUAUAUAUAUAUAUACAAACAUUUAACAAAAAUUUAAAAUGUAUAAGCUUGUAAAAUGUAUAAUGCUUGAUCUAUUGUGGUAUUUUAACAAGUAAUUUUAAACACAGUAAUGUCAACUUUGUUUAGUUUUUUUUGUGUAAGAUCUGGUUUAAAUUAUUUAAGCAAUAAAAUACAGCGAAAGAGAGAUAUCAGGAGAGAAUAGGAAAUAAAAAGAUAAACUAAACAACUUCAUGGACAUUAUAUUGAAAAAUAAAUGUUGUCAAAUAAAUAAUAAAAAUUACUGCGAAAAGUUUUCUAAAGAAGUUAAAAAAAUUUAUCAUAUGGCUUUUUAAAUACAUAACUUAAUAUUUUCUUAUAUUCUGUACAUCAUCACCUUCACCUAUUCCUUAGUCUUGGACCAUUGGGGCACCAUGCAAGAUCUGAUGACCGUGUUUCUCCAUUCCUGUCUUUCCCCUUUGAUAGAACAUCUUUCAAUAGCAGGCCCGUCCAUUUUUUUUAAUGUUGUCUGUAAAUCAGAUACACCAAAUAGCUUGAUAUUCCAUUGCACUCUACAAGUUAGUGUUUGAUCCAAUAAUCUUUACAUCAAUCUAUUGCUACAUAUUAUCUGAGGAAAUCCAACACCAUCGAUAAUUAUGUUUAAAAAUGUAUAUGUAAAAUGCUUGAAUAGCCAUUCUAUACAAUAUUAGUUAACUUGUAGGCUUAGAAUUAAUUUGUAAGUUAAUGCAGAAAAAUAAAAAUUGAUUUUAUUAGCUUCCCUGUGUAAUAUAAAGAAACUCUAUAUCAGCAUCACCUUGAACUUAUUGUGACUCUAAUUUGAUCCAAAGAUCAACCAAUUUUAAAUUAAAGAGUACCAAAAUAUUUCAAAACUUUAUCUUUAAAUUUCAGUUUCCUACAACCUAUUUGUGUGAAGUAGGUAUUUCUUUUGUAACAAAGUCUAAAUCUAGAAACAGGCUUGAUGCCACACUAGAUAUUAGAAUUCAGCUUAUCAAUAUCAUGCCUGAUAUCAAGUUGUACUCUUCGAAAACACCAUGUCAUCAAAGCCAUUGAACCUUUUUUAAAAAAUAUAUGCUUAGGUCUGUUUUUUAUAAUAGUUUUAUACUUGAAAAAUAAAUAAUAUUGCAAAGUUUAUGGUUUAAUUAUGAUUUUGUUUUUAUUCAAAUAAAAAGGAAAUUAUCCAAUCUAAAAAAAAAAAGGAAAGUGUUCAGCUAAAUUCUUCAAAUGUGCCAAAUAUUCCAUUAAAGGAAAACUUUAGGAAACACUGUUUUGAGGUAUUUCUGAACAAGACAAUGUCUUUUACUUAAAUGGAGCUUUUUAUGUCUGCAAAACAGUCCAGUUUAUAAUGGCAAAACAUUUUUUACCAUUUGUUUAACCUUGUAUUUGUUGUUAAAUUUGAAAGUCUUUUGUUUAUGAUAAAAUAUGAUUCUCCAGCAAUAAUCAUUACAAUGUUUUUAAUCCAGUUUUUAUUACACUUUAAAAAGUGAGACAAAACUUCUGAUUGACACAAACAAGGAACAAAAGAAUUGUAUCUGUGUAUAAUCAUUUUUUUCUUCAUUUCAACACAUAAAAGAAAUAUCAAAGCAUGUCACUAGAAUAACAAAGCUCCAACCAAACAUCUACCUACAAUGCAUCUCACAUUAUGUCAGCAAAAUGUCCACAUGUUAAUAAAUCUUAUUCAACUAGGGAGUAGAAUGUAAUAAAGCUUACAUACAAUAGAAUAAAGAUAACAACAGCACUUUUUUUGUCUUAUAAAGAGAACUGAAAUUUGAAUAAGAACUACUUCAUAUUCAUUAUUUAUAAAUCUUUUAAAUACUGCACCUAUUUCAAGUGACUAGAUUCAGUUUCAAUUCAAUCUGGAUAUGGACGGGUUGAUUUUAUAUACAGGUCAGUGUGAUAAAAAAUGCUUCAAAUGUAGCACAAAAAUCAUUAACAUCAAGUUUAUGUCAAGUCUUCUGAUAACCUGAACAAAAGAAAAUGUCCCUGAAUAAUAAGUUUUAUAUUGUGUGUAACCAAGUAUACUUUGGUUGUACAGUAUUUCAGUUCUUGUACAGUAACAACUUAUUAUGAAGAUAUUGUCAGUAUUACUACUUCACUAGUAUUUCAAAAGUAUAGCCUUAUAUAAUAGUUUGCUUGUAUUUGAGGUAACAGAAAUGCAAGAAGUCAAUCAAAUUGAGUUUAUCUCAUGUAACAUAUAACAUCCACCCUGGACUUUUUGUAUAAUUUCUUUCCUGCAAUGAAUUUUACAUUAGCAAAUUGAUCAUGGGUAUGGCGGCCAAAUAGUAAAGUGCUUGGCUUCCAAACCAGGGCGCCAUGAGCUCAAAUUCUGGCAAAGAAUUGGAUUUCGAGCUUCAGGAUUUUUAGGACACCCUACCUGACAUCCAUAGAGGAAGUAAAGGCAGUUGAUCAUUAUACUGGCCACACCCCAACCGUCCCCAUUAACUGCUGUUUAUAGAAACAGAUGAGCUUUACAUCAUUUGCCCCCAUAGAUGGCAAGGUCUAAAAGUUGUAUUUUUAAAUGAUCAGGGAACAUCUAAUUGAGAACCUUUAAGAUGUGUCUUCUUCUUUAUAAUAAGGAUAACAGUUAUCGCCACAAUUUAUUUUCAAAGCUUAAAAAAACUACCACCAGAAAAAUUCAGUACUGUUGUGACUACUGCCCAUGCCAUAGUUAUUGUUAAAAGCCAGAGUCAAAGUAUUAUAAAAAGGCUCAAACUGGAUGAUAAUCAAUACAACCUAUCUACCUACUCAGGUAAUAAUGACCUAAACAAAGCAAAGCAUUUGGUUAAUACAUCUAUUAGAAGUACCAAACACAAAUGUGUCACAUGUUUAAUAACCCAAGACAGUUCAGUGGAGAUCCAUCUCAAACAGAGACAUUGUCCACAUAAGCACUAUUACACCAGUAGUUGUGAAAGAAUUACUUACAAAUUGUAAAAAAAAAAUAUUUAAAAAAUAAAUACAAAUGGUAUAUUGAGAUGAUUGUGGUCAUGUUCUAGUGGAAUAAUUUUGUUACAAUUAAUUUUUUUUUCUUUACGUUUACAAGUAAUACCUUGUUGUUAAUACAAGUUUAACACAAUAAAUGCAAAAAUGGGAUCAAAAACAAGAAUACAUCAGAUCAGGUAUUACAUUAGUCUGGUGAAUAUAACAAAUAUUAUGUUAUUUUUAAUAACAAUUUAACUAUACAAAAUCACGUUCAUGAAAAAGCACAACACAACUAUUUAAAUUUUUUUAAAAUUUCAAUAAUUAUAGCAGCUUGUUAACAAGCAUUCUUGAAAUCAAUUUUGUUUCACAGAAGCUUAAAAAAAAAACAACACCUGUACACAAAAAAAUAAAAAAAAAAUAAAAAAAUAAUAAAUGCCAAAAUUGGUAGAAAUUGUCUGUUCCAAUUAUUUAUAUAUAAAAGAAAAUAAAUCACAAAAAAAGAGAAGCUAGCACUUAAUCCAGUACUAGAAUAUCUAUCUAAUCACAACUACCUUAGUAAUGAUUGUAUCUAUAAGCUAAGCACUCUCAAUGUAGUACUGAGUUUAAGUCACUAAUCAGCUUUUUGUUCAAUUCUUAACUUGACCUAACAAUGUUUCAAUUGUAAAAAACUGUGUUCUAGGUUAAGGGUAUGGAGACGCGGUGGAUGCCAGUAAAGCGCUUGGAUUAUGAACUUGGGGUCCUGGGUUUGAAUUCUGGUAAAGACUGGGAUUUUUAAUUUCAGGAUCUUUGGGCACCCAGCUCUAAAGAUUACCUGACAUUAGUUGGGGAAAAGUAAAGGCGGUUGGUAGUUGUGCUAGCCACAUGACACCCUUGUUAACAGUAGGUCACAUAAACAGAUGACCUUUACAUCAUCUGCCUUAUAGACCACAAGUUCUGAAAGGGAAACUUUACUUUACUAGGUUAGGUAUGGGGAGUUAGCUAAUCAAAAUAUCUGUAUUCUCUUUAGUGGCAGUUUGAAAUUUAAUGUUGAAAUUGCAUCCAACAAAUAGAUUGAGUGUUACAAAACAUUCCUGUAACCGAGAGAUAAGGACAAACUGAUGCCAAGGUAUAAUAUAUCAUAUAUGUAUAAAUAUAUAUGACAUAUAGUGUUAGAAGUUUGAGAGAAAGAAAUAGUAAAUAAUAUAAUUGAUCCUUCAUUACGCCAAUUAUAUCAACAGUUAACACAAAUUAUAAUGAAAUCAACAAUAGCCUAUAACAAAAUUAGGGUGGGGAAAAAAUAAAGCAUAAAACAAAUUUUUUAAUAAACUUAUAUGGAAAUUUAAAACUUUUAACAUAACAUACCCUAAGGUAACCAAAAUUUAAUACAGAAAAAAGUACUAUGAAAAUAGAUAUCUUCUGUCGAGAAAUUUUCAGCAAAUAAAUUUACCUUGCCUGAUGCAAGAUGACUUUUACAGGUGAUAUUUUAACUAUUGCAGUAAAAGCAAGUUAACAAAUUCUAAAUACUUUAGAACGAGAUCUAAAAUUUUACAAAUAUACAUAGAUACUAUAAACAGUUUCAAGUCAACACGUAGCCAAAUGUCCAAAGAUUGUUUUGAUUGUCUCUCUUAUGUAGCCUCAUUAGUCUCGUCAGCUAGCUGUUUCUUUUGCUUGUCAUCGAACCGCCUUUGCAGACUUCUUUUCUUUUUGAAGUUAAUGACCAUGACAGUAAUGUUGUCAAGGGAGCCUCUGUAAUAAGCUUGAAGUGCCAGACUCUUAGCACCGAAAUGGGGCUCAUCUAGCCUCUCCCUGAAAUUAACACAAUAAAAAAAUGUAAGAAAUACACAAUAACAAGGUUACAAAGACAGUUUGUGUGGAAACACAAACUCAAAAUUGGCCCCCGAAGUGAUGCAUUUUUAUGAAAAGAAAAGAAAAAAGUAGCCAUUGCAUCAGAACUUUGAAAGUUCUAAAAUAUCAUGUGCUUUUUCAAUAUCUUUUCUAGUUUAUGAGAUCUUAACAGGGCGGACAGACAGACCACACAAAACUAAUAGCGUCUAUUCCCCUUUCAUGGGCAGCUAAAAAUGAGAUUCGUAAACCUUUUAAGCACGGGCUAUAGAAACAUAUGUCUCCAUAUAUCACAAGAUCUGAAAGAAGAGAGCUUUAACAAAUAAUAAAUAUUAUCAAGACUGAAGGCAUUUUUUGAAAGAACAUACUUAAUAAACUGAACAGCAUCUUCAUUACUGAAGACAUCCCACAAACCAUCAGUAGCUAAUAUGAUAAAAUGAGGUCUGGUUUCCUUGAUGUCGUACACCUGAAAAUCUGGCUCGACGGUAACAAACUUGCGUUGCUUGAGUGGGUAGUCACCGAAGGCUCUGGAUGUGGCAAGGACGCCAGCUACUCUCCAAACACCAUUGAAUGUCACAAAUCCACCGGCAUCUACUAUUCUUUGCUGCUCUUUAGG